UCGUCUGCCAUCCUGCCUGGAGUUCCUCCGUCUUCACGCCUUGUUACCUCCGAGGGACCGCCCAUAACGGCCUCCCUCUGCUGCGGAAGGAAAAGGGGCCCGGUAGAGUUCCCUAGAUUGCACCUUGUCCAAAUAGGAUGUGUUGGAUACUGUGACAGUGAAUUCUAACCCAGGAAGGAUGUCCAGUGAUCCAUGGAACAGCGAUGAGCAAGAGCAAGAAGAAUGGGAAAAUAUAAACAAGUUAUUAAGGCAGCAUGGUUUAAGGCCCGUGUUCCUUGAUAAUUCUGGAGACAGCAGAAAUUUAACAGAUAAGACUAUUCUGGACAGGCAGUCAUCACAAGCAAUAAGGUAUGCAUUGAAAACACUAGUGGAAGAAACGGAGCGUCAGCGAAAAAUUGUUCGUGGAUUGAUAGAAGAUAAUCGCCAGCUUCGAGAUGAAUUACGGCUGGAGCGAAGUCGGGCUUCUCGUCAGGAGCAGCGUGCCAACGAUCUGGACAUCAUUCUGGAAAAUAUCAAACACAGAAUAUGUCAGCUGGAAGAUGAGUCUAUAGCUAAUGCUUCCCAGCAGCACAAUCAAGUCAAAGAGCUUCAGAAAGAUCACCAAGUGAUACAGGCAAAGUACCAGCAGCAGUCUGACAAGUUACGAGAGCAAGAAGAGACAAUUGCCCGCUUGGGAAAGGAGCUUAGUCGGGCAGGCAUAGAGGAGCAGCAGCGCAUUGCUACACAGAAAAAAAUGUUCCGCCAGUUUUGCAAACAGGCUCCAAGAACUCCUUUGGAUCAGCAGAUUUGUUGCCUGAUUGAUUACUAUGAGUCUCAGAUCAAUCAAAUGAGAAAGGAAUUAAGGAAAUAUAAGAAAGAGUCCAAUCAUACACAUGGAGAGGAGCAGGAGAAGGAAGAUUUCUUGAAGAACAUAGAUGCCACAGCUAAUUACAAAGCUUUACUCCAGUCUUUUCAGACUCAGAUAAUUGAGACAAAAGCCCAAAAGGAUCAGCUGUUACAUGAAAAUGUAAAUCUCAAGAAAGAGAUGGAAAUCAGACCAACCAUGGAAGAGCUAAAAUUUUACAAACACCAAGUGAAGAAGUUGGAGAAAACAAUGAAGAACAUUAAAUCACAUGGGAGCAAUAAAGAAGAAAACAUGAAAGAAAACAGAGAUGCUAAAAGCACUAUUGGACAAGACCAACUGCAGGAAGUUAACAGAAAAUACUUGCAGGUGUUGUCCAGCAUUGAUUCCAUUGUAAGAAGCCCAAGGAGGGCUCCUUUAGUAACGCAUAUGCAAAGGAGCGGGAUGCCACGAAGCAGUACUAAGGAGGCUGAGCAAGAAUGCGGAUUUGAGCAUCUUCCUUUUACUGUUGAAGUGUGGGCUGAUCAACUAUUGGGCCUGAAGAACUUGCACAGAUCCUUGAAAAAGCUCUUUAUGCAACUGGUGCCUUGGCAUACAGUAGCUCUGCAGGAGAACAAGGAACAUAUCAGAGUUGAAGACCUUCAGCUCCUGCUUGAUGAAAUUUCUGAAGAAGUAGAAAAUGAGGAAAAGAAGAAUCGCGUGCCUUCACAACAAAUCUUAUAUGCAAUUGUCUGUCACUUUCAAAAGCUGUUUGAUGUGAAUUCUUUGAAUGGCAUUUACCCCCGAAUGAAUGAAGUUUAUACAAAGCUUGGUGAAAUGACCAAUGCUAUGAGAAAUCUGCGUGACCUCUUAGGACUAGAUACCUCAGCCCCUCCCAGUGUUCUGGUGAACACUGUUGGAAAGCUAUGCAGUCUGUUCAAUGAGAAUGUGACCUGGCAGGUCGGGCAGCUGCUGGGGACGCAAGACAUUGAAAGCCUUAUUGACAAGUUAGAAGAAUAUGAUGAAUUUUUCCCAGCAUUUCAAGCGCUUAUUGAAGACUUGCUUCAUGUUCUAGGAGUCAGAAAUCUGACAGAAAUAUUGCCUGCCGUGCAGAAGCUGAAAUGGAACAUGCAUGUGUGAUGUUAAGCUGCCGGAAUCUACCUCUUAUGUACAGUGUUGAUUAAAAAU